AUCCUCCAGCACCACCAUGCCGUCCAUGAGAUCUCCUACAUCGCCAAGGACAUCACAGACCACCGAGCCUUCGGCUACGUCUGUGGGAAGGAGGGGAACCACCGCUUUGUGGCCAUCAAAACUGCACAGUCGGCUGAGCCGGUCAUCGUGGACCUGCGGGACCUGUUCCAGCUCAUUUAUGAGAUCAAGCAGAGAGAGGAGCUGGAGAAGAAGGCCCAGAAAGACAAGCAGUGUGAGCAGGCCGUCUACCAGACCAUCCUGGAGGAGGACCUGGAGGACCCAGUGUACCAGUACAUUGUGUUUGAGGCGGGGCACGAACCCAUCCUCGACCAAUCAGAAGAGAGCAUUUAUCAGGUUCCCACCAGUCAGCAGAAGGAAGGUGUCUAUGACGUCCCAAAGCGACACCCAAAUAUCAGCCAAUUAGAGAUUUUCGGAGAUAUGUCCACACCUCCUGACAUAACCUCUCCAUCAACCCCCGUCUCUCCUGCCAACACCCUGGACCCCUCGCAGGGCCUGCAGCCCCCCACGGAGCUGUUUGCUCCCUUCAAUCCUGCGUCUGUGCCCUCAGGUUACGUGACAAUGGGGGCGGUCCCUCCUGGUCACUGGUCCCAGCAGGCCUUUGCAGCCCAGACACCGCUGGCCUUUGGGGUCCAGUCCCCUCUGGGCCCCGUGGCCCAGGUGCUCCCAGGUGGACAGCCCCUGAUCUGGGGCCAGGCCAACAUCUUUCCUGCCACCCAGCAGCAGUGGGCAGCCAUGGCAGCUGGAGCCUUCCCACCCACAGCCUACCUCCCUGCCCAGCCGGUGGGCGCUCUGUUCCAGACCCUGGCUCCGGUCAACACUGUGACCCCCGCCAGCGAGAGCCACCCAGGAGCCGGGGCCGCUAACUCAGCUGCCUCCUCGUCAGCGCUGUCCAGUCCCCACCAUGAGGAGAGGAGCAAGAAGAUGGGCAAGGAUAUGUUCAAGGACUUUCAGCUGGCGAAGCCCCCGGCCAUGCCCUCCAAGAAGGCCGAUCAGCCCAGCUUGGCGGGAACAUCCGAGGCCUUCAGCACGUACUUCAGCCGUGUGGGCACGGCCCAGGACAUGGACGACUGCGACGACUUCGACAUCUCUCAAAUGAACCUGACCCCGGUCACCUCCACGACGCCGUCCACCAACUCCCCGCCCACUCCGGCCCCCAGGCAGAGCUCUCCGUCCAAGUCCUCAGCCUCUCACAUCAGCGACCCCCCCACCGACGCCACGGACCCCCCCACAGACGACUCGUUUGGGGAGGCGGAGGGGAGUCCCAGCCGCAGCGGAGAGGAAGAUGCUAAGGGGAAGGACCCUCUCUACGCUCAGAUCAACAAGGGGAAGAAAUGAACAGACGGACGUGGCCGGCAGAGCGAUCAGGAGGAGAAGCCUUCACCUCUGAGUGUGUGUGUGUUAGUGUGAGACACGCCUGGCCGAGCCCGUCCUCUCCUCCCAGGAGGAGCCCCGGCUCUCCUGCAGACCCCUCCUCCUCUCUGCACUCCUCCCCCCUCACAGGGGAGAGCGCCCUCUACAGGCAGGAGACAUGACUCUGAGCCGGAUCCAGCUGUGUCCUCUUCUGCCCCCUGUUGGUGUCUCACACUCAGCCUUACAGACUUAAGCUCCUCCCCUUUACCCUCCCCCUUGUUCUAACUCCUCCCCCCUGCCUCCCCACAUGGCCAGAGACUCUGAGGAGCACUGCCUUCCACACACACUGCAGCCAGGACGUCCCACAGAGGAGCUGGACCCUAGUGGGCCCUGUGUGGGCGGGGCAGGGGGCGGGGCUGUUUAAUGGGAUCACUGCUUCUGAUUGGUCGAUUUGGGUGUUUUCUCCCUACGAGUGUCUGCUGGAUCACUAUGCAGAAACAAACUGCUCACACACACACACACACACACACACACACACACACACACACAC